AUGGACCUGCACCUCUUCCUCGGCAUCCGCAUGCAGCCCGCGCCGGUCGUCCCGGACCGCGCCAUGAUCGACUCCGGCGCGGGGCUGGUGUCGGUGCAGGACGACACCCCCUCCCUGGUGGGGUGCUUCCCGCAGGUCGUCCUCGACGCCGUCACGGAGCGCGUGCGCUCGCUGAUGGAGGUGUCGCAGGAGGCCGGGCUCCUCGAGGGCAUGCAGCGCACGCUCGGCAACGCGUUCAAGCUGUACAAGAAAACACGCCCCGUGGCGUCCGCGGAGAGCGCGGCGCGGUGCAAGGAGCUCGACCGCGAGGGCCCGCACCCGCUGCUCGCGCGGGACAUCCCGGGCUCCGGCACGGUCAACCUCGCGGCGGAGAUAGAGCUCCAAACGUACGCGGAGAAGCUGAAGGCGUUCCGGCCGGCGGCGACGGUGCUGGAGGCGGAGGUGGCGCCGGCGCGGCAGGGCGCGGGGCACGCGGGCGCGGGGCAGCAGUUUGCGGCGGUGAAGGGCGUGCGGGGCGACAAGGCGGCCCUGGAGAUGCUGCGCCGCAAGCGGGCGCAGCACGCGCCGGUGAUUGAGGACGCGCGGCGGCGGCGGGAGAACCGGGGCGCGGCGGAGCUGGCGUUGACGGUGGGCGAGGAGCUGGCGACGUCGAGGUACCGCGACGAGGAGUUCUUCAUUCCGAACCAGCGCACGGACCGCGCGGUCGAGGAGGGCUACAGCCUGCGCGACGCGCGCGCGGACGCGCUGAACGACGCGGUCCUCAGCGUGGCCUACGGCGACCGCGACGCCUCGGGCGCGGACGGCGCCCCGCAGCGCGUUGGCCCAAAGGGCAAGGGCGGCUACACGUGGGACAAGAAGAAGCGAAAGUACGUCCGGCUGCAGUACAACGAGAAGGUCACGGCGUCCGGGAAGCGCGUGAUCAAGAACGAGGCCGGCGCGAAGGUCCGCGUGAAGGACGGCGACGCGGGCUCCAUGUACAAGCUGUGGGCGAAGAAGACGCACCGCCGCGUGAUGGCGACGGGCGAGAUCGAGACGGAGACGGCGCAGCAGCGGGCCGAGGAGGUGGGGACGGCCGCGGGCGCGCGGCAGCGGUUCGGGCGCGAGCGUGCGCGGUAUGCGCCGCCACGGCCGGACCUGGACGAGGACAAGGGGCAGUACGGGAGGAACCGGGAGCGCGGGGGGGUGAAGAGCGCGGCGGUGAUCCGGAAGGAGAAGGCCGCGAAGAAGCGCAUGGAGGAGCACGUGGCGAAGAAGAGGACGGCGAAGGGCAAGGUGCGGUCCAAGGCGGCGAAGAAGGGCAUGCGCGGGAAGGGCAAGGCGCAGGGCAAGGUGCCGGUGCGGUCGGGCGGCGUGAAGAAGGGAGGGAAGGGCGGGCGGGGAGGCGGGGGCGGCGGGAAGAAGGGCCGCCGGUAG